AGCUGCAGGCCAGCCUGUUGCGCACUUGGCGGCACGCACAGACGGCGCACCGCAGCUCCGUGGAUGGACAGAGCCGCUAAUGGACUUCUCUUAAUGACCUUUAGAGGCGCGUCUGCUCCUGGAUUCCUAUCUCAUCUGACCUUAUCGCGCAGUUUCACACGGUUUCCAGCGCCACAUCUGAGCACAUCCAGACUUUUACGCAUCGUGGAGCGCUGCGCAAAGGGACGCUCGAGAUCGUCUGAAGCACGAAGCCACACACAUCCAUAAAAGCCUCUCUAAGAGAUGCUCGACAGUGCAAAGACCUGAAGCCGGCCGACCCAUGUGUGUCCCGCUGAACACACACACCCAAGAGUUUCAGACACCGUUGUUGUAGCAGUGUGUCUGUGUGCGUUUGUGUAUACACACUGUGCUGAGUUUCAAGCACUGCGGGCGUAGAGGACUUAAACCAAAGAGUAUGAUUCAACUGUCCACCUCAGUCUGCCUGCUGGGAGGCCUGUUUCUGAUGGCUCCUGUUCUGACUGCUCCUACGCUGGCCAACAUGUGCAGACCCCUGAAGACGCUCAACGACAGCCUCAGCCACCGGCGACGGUACAUGAAGCACAACUUCCCCAUCAACUACACCAUCAGGGUUCACCACAAGGAAAUCUUUAAACUGUCAAAUAUCAGCAGAAUGAGGUUAAAUGUAGAGGGGUUGGAUGACCUGGUUCUCCAGAGGCUGUGGUUUCAAGUCAACCAAGGCGUGUUAAAAAAGAUCAUCCGGGUUAUGCCAGAGAGACAUCCUUCGCGUCCAUACACCGCCGAGUUUGAAAGACGCUUCAGGGAUGCUGAGGGAAUCUUUGUAGAGUCUCAUCCUGCUGAGGUGUUCCAGCAGGAGCUUCCAGACACAAUCCAGGACAUUUGGGAUGGUUUAACAGAAGAGCCUGACAGAGUGCCGGACUCUAGCUGGCGAUUUGCAUCUCCAAAAUCCCUCUUGGACAACUUCUGCCACACCAUGUUCUGCCUCUUCAGCGAGUGCUUCGCCAGCACAGAAGCUCCGCAGGACUGUGUAGCAAUGUGUCCGCCUAGCCUGGUGGAAGACUACGAUGACGUGCAAUGAGUGCAAGGGCAGAGUGCGCGCAAGUAGGCAGAUUGUGACAUUUCCCAUUGGAGGAAGGGUAGGAAGAAAGACUUAAAGCCCGAAAGCUGAGAAGAAGCCAGCGGAGCGACGUCCCUAUUGAUAAUAAUUAGGGAUUAUUAUCGCCCUUGAACUGGAGAGGGAUAGGGUUAGAGGGGUAAAAGGACAAUCCACUCUGAUACAAGAAAGUUCAGUCCCGAUUUGUGAACAUCAAUACGUCUUUCCCAAAUGUGCCAGACGGGGCCAAGAUUGUCUGGAUGACGAAACCCUGACAAGGCUCCGUCGGCCAAAGCACACGGAAGUUAUAGGUGCAGUAGCAGCUUUUGUGAUGGCUUCAUGAGCGCAUGGACUUU